GCCAUGGAGUACCUGAACGACUUUGACCUGCUCAAGUUCGAGGUGAAGCCUGACACUCCUCCACCGCCGCCGCAGCCCUGCCCUUACCCAAAACCUGGUCUUCACCAGGACCCCUCCAGCCCCCCCUACAGCGGGCGCCCCCCCCCAGGACCCCUCUAGCCUGAGCUCGAGUCCCUACACGUCCCUCCCCCCCUCCCCGACGCUGAGCGAUGCCCACCCUCCCCCGUCAGCCUCGUCCUCUUCCUCCAUCUCCUUUCCGCUCUCCGUCUCCAACGGCUACAUGUCGGGCCUCAGCUCCACCUCGCAAGGGAACCCGGAGGGAAGCCCCGCCCCAGGUGGGCAGGCUCAGUGUCCAAACCCCGCCUCCCUGGAGGACCUCAUCUGGCUGGCAGCCCUGCAGCAGCAGUUUGGGGGCGAGCCUGGGGGGGCCGCCUCACUACUGGGGGCCCUCGGAGGGGGGCCCGAGAGAGGGGACAGGGACAGGGCAGCCGUAGGGGGGUUCCUGGGCUGUGAGGACGCAGUGGAGGCCCUGCUGAAUUCGGCGGCAGUGGCAGUAGGAUCCCAGUUUCCUGUGCUUUCCCAGAGCUCGAGCAGCAGUAACCUUGGCGACUCUGGCAGCGACAGUGGAGGUGAUGUCUCCUGUGCCAAGGCCUCAGACCUGUGCCACCGCCCGCUCCUCUUCGUCUCCUCCACCCCUCCCUCCCUGCCCAAUGGCGGCCAGCCUACCGCCCCCUACCCACAAGCCCCCAGUCCUUCGGGCAGGCUCCAUCACCAUCAGCACCAUCACCACCAUCACCCACACCACCACCCCAUGCAUGGCCAUCAUCAUCCCCAUCAUCAACAUCACCUUCAAGUUAAUCAGUGUGGAGUGGACGCGGUGGAGCGGUUCUCGGACGAGCAGCUGGUGAGCCUAUCCGUGCGGGAGCUGAACCGGCACCUGCGGGGCGUGAGCAAGGACGAGGUGGUCCGGCUGAAGCAGAAGCGUCGCACGCUGAAGAAUCGCGGCUAUGCCCAGUCCUGCCGCUACAAGCGCCUGCAGCACCGCCACGCCCUUGAGUCGGAAAAACACAUCCUCACCCAACAGCUAGAGCAGCUCCAGUGUGAACUCUCCAGAGUACUGCGGGAGAGAGACGCCUACAAGGCUCGUUACGAGAAGCUCAUCAGCUCCAACGAAGCACUGUCGGCGCACGCCAACAACCCACCUUCCCCUCCUCCGGACUACUUCCUCUGACGACACCCCUGAAGAAAGGAGAGAACGUAACCAGCGAGGAGAGAGAGGAGAGAACAGCCAAAAACGAACAGCCAAAAACUAAGCAAAGAGGCAUAGACACGCAGUUGGCAUGGACUAGAAGAGAACAUGGAGACCUGCGAGUAGCGGCAAGCAGAAGCUUCCAAAGACUGCAAAAUCAGCAACUUCACUUCAUCAGGUAGAAUUGGAUCAUAAGACAUGAAGUCAGAGCAAACAGAGACAAUGUUUCUCCAACAGAACGGAUGCAUCUAAUGGUAGAGGGAGGGUCACCUUGACACUGAAAGUUUAGCGAAAUCUUCAAGCAUCUUUCUUUUCUUGCUGGUGAUAUUGUUGGGACAGGCGCCACUCAGAUAGGUCUUCAUGUUUGUCAAGCUGCAUGACUGCCUGACCUAAGUAAGCAUCACACUUCAAGCUUCUGCAAAAGGCCUUCCUGCUGAGUAUCAAAUCAAGUGAUUAUGACGGUUCACUGACAACUCUAUCUCUAUUUUGGGGUACCAAGAAUGCUCAGAUCCGUCAGUGUGAUCUCAUUGCUUCGCCAAAGUUCACAUUCAUGAAUAGUGAGAUCCUUGGAGUCUUAUGCAGGGAUGACUCUUCACUUGAAUACUGGUACUUCAGUAUAUCUUGAUCCUGGUGAUUUGACAAUCCUACAACUGUACUGGUUCUCCUCUUGGGUCAAGUUGGUCCAUGCUGGAGGGGGAAGAGAAGUCAGCGAUGGUGCUACAGUCACAGGUCAAAGGUCAGAGAAGACUCUGGAUUUUGAGUGUCAGUGCAGUGCAAGUGCAAGACGAUCCAAGCUGUAUCUCAGUCGCCUCCUGGCAACAAAUAAAAUGCUGCUUUGCUUACCAAAGGUUGAGUCCCUCUCGUCACAAAUUAAGAGGAGCAAUCUUAGAAUAAGAAUGUAUAACACAUUUUCAUGAGCGCUUUUUUUUUAUUGUUAUGUGAAAAAUAAGCUGACAAAACAUACUACAGAUGAUAGUAUGAAAUUAUGUUUUAUGACAAUGAUAGGGCAAUAGGUUUCUCUGCUUGUUGAAAACUGAGCAAGGUAGUAAUUUAAUGUCAGUUUUUUGUGAUUAACAAAGGUUUUUUUUACCACAGUGAACAACUGGAAGCGGGCAAGUGCUUUGCUACACCGGUAUAAGUGGAGCAAUAAUCAGGCCUUGAAAGGUUUGUGAGGACAAAAGCUUAAUGUUUAAAGGUGUGAAGCUUCUACGCAGAUCAAAUAAGAAAAAUACAAAGCAAUACCAGCUGCAACAAAAUGCAUCAACCCUGAGUGUUGUGAUAAAAAACGGGUCUAUGUAAGUGUACCAUGACAGAGUGCAUUAUGCAAUUUUUUUUUUUUUGAGUGAUUGUGUCUCCUUAGUGAAUCAAUAAUGGAUGAGAAUAAGGCUUAUGAGAAGUGAAACUUGUGAGAGAGACUAACAACCAAGCACCUCCAAUUCACAGAGCUGGUCACUGUGGAGCUUUCUUUCUUUCUUUCUUUCUUUAAAUAAAAAAAGGACUGGGUGAAGCAUCUGAAUAUAUUAGCAUGAUCUCUCUUUACAACCGCUUCCUUUCCAUGUGAUCCUAACCGCACACCGCAUUUAGUUCACCUAAGAGGAGUUUUUUUUUCUGUUCCUUUCUUUUUUGGGGGGGUGGGGGGGUAUCAUUCUCUGCCUGAUGCCACCCCUGAUAGUGUUUCUCUGUUCUGCUUCUGGGGACCUGCAUCACUCCAUCUUUAUUCUCCUGCUGCUGCUCUAGCUUCCCUCGCCCUGGAGAGGUAUGGUGUCUCACUGAUCACAAACUGAACGACUGAGGAUACUCAGUUUCACAGGUCUCCACAGACAGGUGCGGGCGGGGAGGGAAACACUGCCCCACACACACAUAAAUGUGUCAUAAACACCGCAUCGUAUCACAUGCCUCCACAGUUCAUGUCCGUUCUUAAUAGCUGCCUUAACAUUGUUAUCAUUUUGGAGUGAGCCCAGUAGCAAGACAUGGGUAAACUGGUGAACGAUUAAUUAGUUACUAUGUUCGUGCUUAUGACACAUUUAUAAUGGUUUUUGUGACAGAGCUUAUGUUUUUAUUUUCUUUCAUUUCUUGGAUAGGCAUAGUUUGACCAAUACAUUCUGUAUCAUUAUUUAUUUCCUUAUUUAUUUACAGUAUUUAUUCAUUGUUUGUUUAUGUAUUUUCAUCUGCCGGUUUACUAUUUUACUCAAACGAGUAGUGUGUACCCUAUUUAUUUGGUAGGAAUACAACAUAAUCAUUACAAUAAUUUUGGACCAUAAAGACCAUUAUUAUUGCCAUCUUUAUCAUGGUUUUGUGCCCCUGUUGUAGUGGUUUACAAUGAAAUAAACAUAUUUUUACCA